GCCGCCGCCGCCGCCGCACUUCCUGGGGCCGCUGUCCGCAGGCAGGUGGCGGUUGAGCCCGCCUGCAGUCACCCGGCUCCGGCCCCUCUUUGGCUGCUCGCGUCCCAGCUCCGGAGGCCGUCUGGCCGGGCGCCAGGUGCCUUUUGUCUGGUGCAGAGAGGGCGUUUGCAUCACAUUUCGGAUACCUUCCUCUCCUUUUCCCUCUUCUCUCUCCCGCUCACAUCAUCAUCUCCCCACCCCCGCUGCCGUUGCCCGCCGGACUGUUGACCUCCUGGACCAAAGCCCGAGGACAUCUCUGCUGGAGUGAUGUCUCCUCUCCAGAAAGUUGCUGCCGUCCCUGCUGCUGCUGCUACCGCCUCCUCCGCCGCCGCAGGGCGGUGAAACAAAGUCUAGCGGGGCUGACUGCCGGUGCAUGAGUGCACCCCUGCCCGGCAGCUGGGCUCUGCUGCCAGGCGUGCUAUCUCCUCCAGGGGAGUCCGAAACGCGCCCUGCCAUGGCCGAGGGCGCGGUCAGCAGGGAGGGUCCGGCGCCGCCCGACGCUGCUGGCGGCGAAGACGACCCCCGAGUGGGCCUCGACACCGCCUCGGGAGACGCCUUGGCGGUGGCCGCUGGGGGCCGGAUGAGGGACCGUCGCAGCGGGGUUGCACUGCCGGGCGCCGCAGGAACCCCAGCGGAGAGCGAGGCGGGCCUCCUGGAAGCUGCACGAGCGACCCCCAGGCGCAGCAGCAUCAUCAAGGAUCCUUCAAACCAAAAGUGCGGUGGAAGAAAGAAAACAGUGUCGUUCAGCAGCAUGCCAUCGGAAAAGAAGAUCAGCAGCGCACACGACUGCAUCAGCUUCAUGCAAGCUGGCUGUGAACUGAAGAAAGUCCGGCCCAACUCCCGCAUCUACAACCGCUUCUUUACUCUGGACACAGACCUCCAAGCCCUUCGCUGGGAACCUUCCAAGAAGGACCUCGAGAAAGCUAAGCUUGAUAUUUCUGCCAUAAAAGAGAUCAGGCUGGGCAAGAACACAGAAACGUUUAGGAACAAUGGCCUUGCUGACCAGAUUUGCGAGGACUGUGCUUUUUCCAUACUCCAUGGGGAGAACUAUGAGUCUCUGGACUUAGUUGCCAAUUCAGCAGAUGUAGCAAACAUCUGGGUAUCUGGGUUACGAUACCUGGUUUCUCGUAGUAAGCAACCUCUUGAUUUUAUGGAGGGCAACCAGAACACCCCAAGGUUCAUGUGGUUAAAAACAGUGUUUGAAGCAGCAGAUGUUGAUGGGAAUGGAAUUAUGUUGGAAGAUACCUCUGUAGAGUUAAUAAAACAGCUCAACCCUACUCUGAAGGAAUCCAAGAUCAGGUUAAAGUUUAAAGAAAUCCAGAAGAGCAAAGAAAAACUAACCACCCGAGUGACAGAAGAGGAAUUUUGCGAAGCUUUUUGUGAACUUUGCACCAGGCCAGAAGUAUAUUUCUUACUUGUACAGAUAUCUAAAAACAAAGAAUUUUUGGAUGCCAAUGACCUCAUGCUCUUUUUAGAAGCUGAGCAAGGAGUCACCCAUAUCACUGAGGAUAUGUGCUUAGAUAUCAUUAGGAGAUAUGAACUUUCUGAAGAGGGGCGUCAAAAAGGGUUUCUUGCAAUCGAUGGCUUUACCCAGUAUUUAUUGUCACCAGAGUGUGACAUUUUUGAUCCUGAGCAAAAGAAGGUUGCUCAAGAUAUGACCCAGCCCUUAUCUCACUACUAUAUCAAUGCCUCCCAUAACACCUAUCUCAUAGAAGACCAGUUCAGGGGACCAGCUGAUAUCAAUGGUUAUGUUAGAGCUUUGAAAAUGGGCUGUCGAAGUGUUGAACUGGAUGUAAGUGAUGGUUCAGAUAAUGAACCAAUCCUAUGUAAUCGAAACAACAUGACAACACAUGUCUCCUUUCGAAGUGUCAUAGAGGUGAUAAAUAAGUUUGCCUUUGUUGCUUCUGAGUACCCGCUCAUUCUUUGUUUGGGGAAUCACUGCUCUCUACCACAGCAGAAGGUAAUGGUUGAACAGAUGAAAAAAAUCUUUGGCAAUAAACUCUAUACUGAAGCACCUUUGCCAUCAGAAUCCUACCUCCCAUCACCAGAAAAACUAAAAAGAAUGAUCAUUGUGAAAGGAAAGAAAUUGCCUUCUGAUUCUGAUGUGUUAGAAGGAGAAGUAACGGAUGAAGAUGAAGAAGCUGAAAUGUCUCGAAGGAUGUCAGUAGAUUACAAUGGUGAACAGAAACAAAUUUGGCUCUGUAAGGAGCUCUCUGAUUUGGUAUCUAUUUGUAAAUCUGUUCAGUAUAGGGAUUUUGAAGUAUCUAUGAAAAGCCAGAACUAUUGGGAAAUUUGUUCAUUUAGUGAGACAGAGGCCAGCCGAAUUGCAAAUGAAUAUCCAGAGGAUUUUGUAAAUUAUAAUAAGAAGUUCUUAUCAAGAAUAUAUCCAAGUGCCAUGCGGAUCGAUUCCAGUAACUUGAAUCCCCAGGACUUUUGGAAUUGUGGCUGUCAGAUUGUGGCAAUGAAUUUCCAGACUCCAGGUCCAAUGAUGGAUCUUCACACAGGCUGGUUUCUUCAAAACGGAGGAUGUGGUUAUGUUCUAAGGCCAUCGGUUAUGCGAGAUGAAGUAUCUUACUUCAGUGCAAAUACAAAAGGCAUUGUACCUGGGGUGUCUCCUCUGGCUCUUCACAUCAAGAUCAUCAGUGGUCAGAAUUUCCCAAAGCCCAAGGGAGCUUGUGCCAAAGGGGAUGUCAUUGAUCCCUAUGUUUGUAUAGAGAUCCAUGGAAUUCCAGCAGACUGUUCUGAACAAAGAACUAAAACUGUACAGCAAAACAGUGAUAAUCCUAUUUUUGAUGAAACGUUUGAGUUUCAAGUAAACCUUCCUGAGCUAGCCAUGAUCCGUUUUGUUGUCCUUGAUGAUGACUACAUUGGGGAUGAGUUUAUAGGGCAAUACACAAUACCCUUUGAAUGUUUGCAGCCUGGAUAUCGGCAUGUUCCCUUACGCUCCUUUGUAGGUGACAUCAUGGAGCACGUAACCCUUUUUGUCCACAUAGCAAUAACUAAUCGAAGUGGAGGAGGAAAGGCACAGAAGCGCAGCCUUUCAGUGAGAAUGGGGAAGAAAGUUCGAGAAUAUACCAUGCUCAGGAAUAUUGGUCUUAAAACCAUAGAUGACAUCUUCAAAAUUGCAGUGCAUCCCUUACGAGAAGCCAUAGAUAUGAGAGAAAAUAUGCAGAAUGCAAUAGUGUCCAUUAAGGAACUGUGUGGACUCCCUCCAAUUGCCAGUCUGAAGCAGUGCCUGUUAACCUUGUCCUCUCGGCUCAUCACCAGUGACAAUACUCCCUCAGUCUCUCUUGUGAUGAAAGACAGCUUCCCUUACCUGGAGCCCCUGGGUGCAAUUCCAGAUGUGCAGAAAAAGAUGCUGGCUGCUUAUGAUCUGAUGAUUCAAGAGAGCCGGUUUCUCAUAGAAAUGGCAGACACAGUCCAUGAAAAGAUUGUACAAUGUCAGAAAGCAGGGAUGGAGUUCCAUGAAGAGCUUCAUAACCUGGGGGCAAAGGAAGGUUUGAAAGGAAGAAAACUCAACAAGGCUACUGAGAGCUUUGCUUGGAACAUCACGGUAUUAAAGGGACAAGGAGACCUGUUGAAGAAUGCCAAGAAUGAAGCUAUAGAAAACAUGAAGCAGAUCCAGUUGGCAUGCUUGUCUUGUGGACUGAGUAAAGCCCCCGGCAGCAGUGCCGAAGCCAAGGGCAAGCGCAGCCUGGAAGCUAUCGAGGAGAAGGACGGUAGCGAGGAGAACGGGAAGCUGUGACCCUGGCAAAACCGACAUGCUCAUCUGUCCUCCUCAAGGACUCUGGUUUCUCAUUCUUGUAUUCUUGUUUUCUUUCUUUGAGUUUUUUAGAAGUUCACAAAGAGAUAACCUUCUGUGGAGUAUUGGGACAUAAACAUUUAUUUUCACACUGUCAGUAUUUUAAUGUAAUUUAUCUAAGUUGAAACCUUUAGUAACAAUGUUUUAAAUUCUGAAAUGUGUAUACACACCCACAUGUGUGUGGAUACCUUUGGAGAAAGUGUGUGUGUGUGUGUGUGUGUGUGUGUGUGUGUGUGAGAGAGAGAGAGAGAGAGAGAGAGAGAGAGAGAGAUCCUGUUAAAAUGUAAAAUUUAUUCCAUGUUGCAUUAUUCAUUUAGUAAGUUAUUCCUCUAUCGUUAUCAUCAUUUUGGGACAAAUUGUUAAUCUGAAAUUCUAACGAGCACUUACUAUAACCUGAUGCUGUGUUUAAUUUUACUUCUCUGCUGUUGUCAUUUAAUUUAGAGAUGUUAGCAUAGCCUAUUAUUGAAGAAAACCAAAUUUAUCAAAGCAUAGAUGUUUUGAGAGAUUAAAUAUAGAUUAAAAAAUUCCUAAGAAUCAUAGUCAAAAUACAAGUAAAUAAAAGAUUAAAUGAAUGUUCAGAAUUUCUGGAAAGAUCAACGAAGUUAUUUCUUUAGUUAGCAAACUCUUUAAAAUAUUUAUUAAAAAAAUCAAUUUUUAGGAAGUUUUUUGAUAGGUGUUUACUAAAUAUACAGUUUCAGUGGGAAACCUGAUCAUAAGUGAAUUUACACCCACAUGUGUGGUACUCUUAAACACACUGAAGGCUCUAGUAAUAGGAUUUUAAUGUGUAAUUAACAUUCAGUUAAGAAUUUCAAGAUUUGUAGGAAGGGCUUACUUCCAAACUGGCCGUCUAGCAUUCAUUUUUCUAUAAGAGACAUGACAACUGAGAGAUCUUAGCUUCCAUGGGAUUUAACAUAGGUACUAAAUUUAAAUUUGAAGACAUCAUUGUACCAAUACCAUAGCAUCACAUUGAGCUGAUAUAAAUUCUGUAUCAGAGAACAUCUUUAUGAUUUAAGAACUGAUUACAAAGCAUCUAUAAUACAAUUUUAACAAAUACAAAAAAUACUCACAAAACAGCAAAUGGCUAAUUAGAGUACACUUAUCAUUGCCUCUCAAUCAUUUUUACCCUAAUGUCUUCAUAAAGUACUUGAGUGUAAUGUUCAUUACCUCCAACAGAACUAAAUGUUCUAUGGUUAUGAAAGAAUAUAUUUAUUUAAAACAUUGCUUUUAUUUUGAAAGCUUCUUAAUUAAUUUGAUUAACAAAUGUGCUAAUUGGGGGGAACUUGGAGAAGAUAAUUGUUGAAAUUUUGCAAAUAUAAACAUCUUCUAUAGCUAUUGUGUUAUUUCUGACUUCUUCUUAACACUAUUAUGUUCACAUUGCACAUUACUGAGACAGUAAAGAUAUG